GUGGGCGGGGCCGCGGCCGUCCCGGCGGCGGGUGCCCGCGGUGCCGCUCUCCCCCGCCAUGGAGCCCCCGACCGGCACCGGCACCGAGAGCGCCCGCCUGGUCAGCCCGCGGGCCGGCCGCGCCGACGGCAGCCUGCGCCUCAAGAGUCUGUUUGCAGGCACCCAGGACCCCCUGGCACCUCCAGCCCCCCCGGCUCCUCGCUGCCACUGCAGCCCCCUCACGCCCAGCCCUGGCCCGGGGAGGCUCCAGGCCCGCCGGCAGCUGAGCGUCGCCUGCACCGUCUGCUGCGUCUUCAUGGUCGGGGAGGUGAUAGGCGGGUACCUGGCACACAGCCUGGCCAUCAUGACGGACGCAGCUCACCUACUGACGGAUGUGGGCAGCAUGUCCGUCAGCCUCUUCUCCCUCUGGGUCUCCACCCGCCCACCCACCAAGACCAUGAGUUUCGGCUGGCACCGCUCAGAGACACUGGGUGCGCUGGCCUCUGUCCUCUCCAUCUGGGUCGUGACCGGAGCCCUCGUCUACCUGGCGGCCGCCCGCAUCGUCAGCAAUGACUACGAGAUCGAGGCGCGAGCCAUGCUGGCCACAUCCGCCAGCGCCGUCGGUGUCAACCUGGUCAUGGCCUACAUCCUGCACCAGUCCCCCGCGGGCCACGGCCACGGCGCAGGGGGCUACGAGCAGCUGGAGAGCACUGGGGGCUGCCUGCCCAGCCAUGCCCCCCUGCCUGGCAGCACCAGCGUCCGCGCGGCCUUCGUCCACGUGGUGGGUGACCUGCUGCAGAGCAUCGGUGUCCUCGUGGCUGCCACAAUCAUCUACUUCAAGCCUCAGUGCAAGAUCGCAGACCCCAUCAGCACCCUCUUCUUCUCAGUCUUUGUCCUCGGCUCCACCUUCACCAUCCUCAGGGAUGUCUUCAGAGUCCUCAUGGAAGGGACGCCCCGGGGCCUCGAGUUCGACGGGGUGAAGGAGGUGCUGCUGGGCGUGAGCGGGGUGAAGGGUGCCCACGACCUGCACCUCUGGGCCCUGACGCUGAGCCACCACGCCGUGUCGGUGCACGUGGCUGUCGAGGCCAGCGCCGACCCCGAGACGGUGCUGCGGGAAGCCACCACCCAGCUGCAGACCAAAUUCGGCUUUGCGUCCUGCACGGUGCAGGUGGAACGGUACCGGGAGGAGAUGGCAGCCUGCCGGCACUGCCAGGACCCCCGUGCCUGAGACCCUCACCCGCGGCGGAGCAGGGGGGGGCAGCGCAGGAGCGGGGCUGGUGCUUGGGCUCCUGUCCCUGCGCUGCACCCACCCCGCUGCUGCAGAGCCCCCGGGGGUGGGACAGCAUCUCAUCCCCGAGGAUGGGGACCGGUCCCAAAUGGGGAGGGGGAUCUCGCCCCACCGCACGGCCCCCACGGAUCCCUGUUGUCCCCUGCAGCAGAGGGGACGGGAGGGAGCUGCUGCAGGGCCCAUCCCCGGGGGAGGGUGGUGGAGCCCGGACCCGGCCUUAGCCCUAAACAGCUCCCACGCCCCACGACCCCAGGGGCUGUCCCACCGCCCCCAGAGCUGUGGCCUUGCAGCUCGGGGGGAUGGGGGGCUGCUGCUGCACCCCCAGCCCGGGGCUCAGCCCUGGCCUCGCUCUGGCCGGAGCCCCCCCUCCAUUCCCACCCUUGUGAGCCCGUGUCCGUUGCGCCUGUGGAGUGUCUGUCUGUCUGUCUGUCCGUCUCUCUGUGCAAGGAGCCCAGCGGGCGGUGGCAGAGCCCGCAGCUGCCAAUAAACGUGUUGGAGAGCA